AUGGCGGCCGCCGCUGCGGCUGAUUCUGUUCCCCGUGAGCCUGGAAAAGUUGUGAUAAAGACGGAGCCUGAAGAUGGGGACGGUUUCCUCCCCACUCCGCGGGACGUCCCGGUUAAACGUGACCCCGUGGUGUCGCUGCUGUCCCCGGUGAGCGGAGUGCAGCCUCUCAGCUGGUCUCCGGACCACCGCCUCGCUGUGUGCACCUCCAGCUCCCUGUCUGUGAUGGAGCUGAUCUGUGAUGUCCACAAUGGCAAGCAGGACCUGAACUUCUACAGGACCUCCAUUCCUGUCCCCACUGACAUACACAGACUGCAGGUUGGCCCAUCAGAUGAACUGAUGUCUGCAUUGGAGAAGUUCUCGUUGGAUCCAGAUCCCACCAUAAAGCAGGCUUUUCUGGCCAACACUGUAAUCAACCCUAAUGUAGGGGAACACAAAGGGGUAAAGUAUGCAAGCUGGUCCCCGUUAGGCUGUGACUCCAUUGGACGGUGUCUGCUCGCUUACCUGACCCUCGAUAACCGGCUCACCGUUCACAGCAGCCACCGGCACCUCAGCUGGAACACGCUGACCAAUCUAACGGAGAAGUACAGCAAGAGGCUCCGCGAACGCGGCUACGCCAAAAAGGACGACAAGCCCCCCGAAGCUAACCUGUUAGAUUUCUCUGAGCUCCAGCGGCGGUUCCAAAUGCAGACCCCUCUCAGGAUGGAGUGGUCCAGCAUUUACACCAUCAAAAAGGUCCUGGCAGACAACAGCUGUGUGGAGGAGCAGAUGGUGCUCCUAGCAGUCCUGAUGGAAAACGGAGACCUUGUUUUGUGGAAGUUCAUGCUGCCGUUCGCAAAAGGAGACGAUGUAGUUUUCUAUGACCUGAUUGAAUCUGGGGUAAGCAGGCCCAGUGACCUGGCAUGGUGGGAGUAUGAGAACGGGGGUCAACGGAUGGGGGGCUUAAUCGUCGGCAGCGAGGCUGGACCCAUCAAAAUUAUGCCUGUCAGCCUGUCGAAGGUCAAGGGCUACUUCACGAUCCGGCACCCCAUCAUCCUGUGGAAGGAAUGUGAUGAGAUCCCAGUGGAGAACCUCAGGUGCUUCCCGCUGUUCCACCCGAUCCAAAAAAGCAGCUGCAGCCUCAUCGUCGCCUCACGGGGAUGCUACCUCUUUUGGUGUCUGCUGACUAUUUCAGCGAAAGGACUAAGUGUGCACAAUUCCCACAUUACGGGACUCCACUCACUCCCUUUGGUCUCCUUAGUGGUCACUCAGCAUCCAGUUGAGGUCUACACAUGCUCCAUAGACGGCUGGAUAAAAAAACUGGUGCCCACAUUCACAGAGAACUCUUUGGUUUUCAAAGUGGAGGACUUGUUUCAACCAGAGGCCCUCACACAUAAAUGGAUACAUGGGAUGGCCGUGAGCCACAAUGGGGCGUAUGUCGCUCUGGUCACAACGCAGGGGAUUGUCGAUGGCUUUCAUCCCGUAACCAGGAAUCACCAGGUCCACUUCCUGGCUCUCAAAUCUCCUGAAACGGCCAUAUCGUUCCUGCUAAAAUCCCCCGAGCAGAAUUUGUACAAUUUGGCGGACUUGCUGGACCUGGUGAGAUGGCAGGUUUUCAAAACCAAGCGCAUCCCCGCGUGGCUACAGGACGAGCUCGACCGUAAAAUCCAGGAAGCCGACUCCCCAUACUGGUGGCGCAUCAAGCUCUUUGUGGCGCGAGUUGUUCGCCUGUCGCUGCAGCCCCCCCGCACAGAAAUCAAUUGGAAACCCAAGCGAACGGAGACCAAAGUGUUUUUACAGGACGAGGAGAUGGACGAGGCGGAUGUUGGAACGGAUAACGAUGCGGCCCAGUGGACGGAAGGGGAAUCUGAUUUGGAGAAGCAAGAGGCCCGCAGGACUGAAGCGCAGAAGCUGAUCGAUGCUGCAGAGACGCAUCUGAUGAGGGAAAAUAUGAAGAAGGUGUUGGGGGUGGUCUACCUCAAUACUUGGAUGCCAGAGAACUUCUGUAUCCCCACAUGUGGCCUGAUGGAUUAUCUAUCCAGAGAUCCUGGAGACAAAGAUUCAGAGGUUCUGAUCGGUCACAUCAGGAAGAAACUGAACAAGCAGACGUUCCCGGAGCACUGCAGCCUGUGUCAAGCCACGCUGCCCUUCACCGACUACAAACAAGCCGUCUGUGAAAACGGACACGUGUGGCUCAGGUGUGUGUUGUCAUACCAGGCCUGCCAGACGCUGACGUUCAGACGGUGCCUCCUGCAGGAUUGCAUUGCCAGACUGCCAGAGCCUGAGGAUCCAGACUGGAUAAAGAAGCUGAUGAAGGCGCCCUGCGUUCUCUGCGAUUCACCGAUGAUCUAAGGACCAAACUACUCAGAAGCCUGCAUCUGUCGCUGCAGCUCUCACAGCUCCACAAUCCUGAUUCAGAAUCCAGUUUACUCAAAUUUACCACUGCUGAGUAUAUAUUUUUGAUAUAGUAUUUAUUUUAUUAGGUAAUAUUGUUAUAAUAAAAAGAGUAAAUAAAAAGUCUUUAUUACUUGUUGGUUUCUUAUUCAUUUCGAAACCUGCAGAAAGAAAAUGACUCUCCUGGCACUUUAAAGGGCUUUUUUAUCUCUAACUUUAUUAUAUUCCAAACUAAAACUUAUUCUAAUGCAGGCGCAGUGUUUGCACAAGAAAGUUUAAAAUGCAGUUAUAUGUGGAAGUCAUUAUUAUUCAGUUGGACUUCAGGGGCGCCAUAAAUAAGCUCCCUCAUUUUCCUAAUGUUGACUGUGUUUCAGAAGCUUUGGUGUAGUUUUUAUUGCAAGUUAGUGGAACUUGCUCUCCAAGUCCUAUUUUAGUAUUUCUUUUUUCUUUCUUUUUGUUUGAGCGUAACAAAUAAUACAGUGUGAAUUAUACAUAGUGUGGAGAAAAGAAAAAAAAAAACUGCAUACCUUCUUUAAUUGGCACUGUAAAACAAUUUCCGAGCUCUGGAUAGAGGAGGAGAAAUGUUGGUGCUCAGUCAUUCCCUCAGAUGAGGACUUCCGCUAAUGUAAACGCAGAAGAGACGAAGCGGCGAGGCAGAUGAAAUGAGCAAGAAGGCAGGAAGAAAGGGGAAAGUGUGGUUAAAAACGCGGCGCGUCCUCUCCCACGGGGGCGGCUCCAGUAAUGAGAUUCAGCCGUAAUGAGGGACAGAACAUGGAGCCAGAUGUGAUUCUAAUUCUAAUCAAGGAGGGGAGGCUGGUGCUGAUGGAGGAGAGAGGGAGGUUACAGAGAAUAUUGUUAAAUACAAUUAACCCUUUAUUCCUAUUUGGAGGGAACAAGGACUGCGGGGAAAGGGUUACAGGCUCAAUGGCCUGUUUUCAUGGAGGCCAGCAGCCGGUGAUCAAAGAACCUGGACCUGAGAGACCGAGCUGGUGGCAGAGCAUCCUCCGGGUCCGGGCAGAGGUGGGAUGAGGUCAGCCUUCCCUCUGGUUUCACCAGAGACAUGACAGACAGCCCGGCGGCAAGUCUACCAAACACUCCAAUGCUCUUAAAAGGCAACUGCCCUCUUUGUUUUAUCUGAGUGUGCAGAGGUCGUGAAGGGAGGAGGCAAAAUCUGCAGCAUCAUGAAGAACACAUGAUGCACUAUAGUGAGUUGGAAGAAAAACUGAGUUUCACUAUUUUCAACAACAAAAGAAAGUACAUUUUUUCUGCAAACUUGGUCACCUUACUUGU